AUGACUGCAACAUCAGUCAUUUGGGGCUGCGUAGCUGCUGUCAUACUGUCAGCGGUACAGUCCUUGGGAAUCACCCUACAAAGAAAAUCCCAUGUUAUUCCACAUACUGUUGAGAUAAGAGACGACUUGGAGCUAAACCCCACAGAACACGAACCUCUUCUGCCGAAUACUACCGCGUCCAUACACGGUAGAGGCUCCAUCUCCACACACAUUGGCCUAGAUAACGAGACCAACAGGUACACGCAUCUUUACAGACGACACCUAUGGCUAAUAGGAUUCCUGAUGUUUAUAUUGGCAAACAUCUUCGGCUCGAUAGUCCAGCUAUCCACUUUGCCGCUCAUCAUAUUGUCCCCCUUGCAAAGUAUUGGACUCAUAUUCAACUCCAUCUUCAGUAGUAUGCUUCUACCUGGUGAGAGUUUUACAAGUAAACUUAUCAUUGGAACAGCCAUCAUCUCGAUAGGUGCAUGUGUUAUUGCUUAUAAUGGCGGUGCCGAGAGUGAUCUCCCCAGUGAUAUCGGCACAGAUGAGAGGUUUCGCUUGAUGUUACGAAAAUUUAAAAGACCCACAUUCUUGACGUGGUGGAUCUUCACCUUUAUUGUCAUUCUUGCUUUGAUCAGGAUCAACUUUGUUUUGUCUAGAAGGAUACAUCAGCUUUUACUUCAUAAAACCGGCAAGCGUCUGACAAGAAACAACAAGAAGAUCGUAAGACUUUUUACUCUUUACAAGGGAGUCUUGUACGCUGUUAUCAGUGGAACUUUGACAGCACAUACCUUUCUUUUUGCUAAGUCCAUCGUGGAUGUCGUUGUCGCUACGCUAUUGGAGAGAUCAACACCCAAAUCUCUGUCUACCUAUGUUACGUCCAUCCUUCUUCUACUUGCUACACUUACGAUUGUUGGCAUGCAGCUUGUGGCAUUCAAUUUAGGUCUUUCACACAUUCUGACAUCUAUUUUAUAUCCCUUGUGUUUCUUAGUUUACAAUUUGGUGAAUUUAUUCAAUGGGGUUCUAUACGAUGAGCUUUUGCUGAAGGACUUGAUGACGAAAACUCAAUUCUUCUUUGUCGUGAUUGGUUUACUUGGAGUUCUUUUCGGUGUUAUCAUGAUCAGCUGGGAUAGUGCUCUGGGGCCUUCUGAGCGCUCUUCGAAGGAAGACUCGGAAACCCUUCUCUAUGCUAAAUUUCCUUACCUACAGACGAGUCAUCAUGUUAAACUUUCAUUCGAAGAAAGCGAGCUACUUAAACAGCUUCAAUUGUGA